GCAAAACUUUAUUCUGCUCUGUUCUGUGUUUGGGUAAAUUAAAGUCAAAAGAGAAAAGAGUGUUUUAUUAGAAGAAAUAAACACACACACAUAAAAAAGAAAAAAAAAAAGAUUCGCACAAAGGAUUUGACAUAUAAAAUCGCCGGAGAAAUCAUUAUCGGAAGCAACUGUAUCAUGGGAAUCACGGGAAGUCUAACACCAGAUCAGCUCGAGUUUUACAACUCUCAAGGGUAUUUGGUGAUCGAAUCUUUCGCGAGUGAGGAUGAGAUUGGAGCCUUGAGGAAGAGGAUGGAUGAGUUGCUGACUCAAUUUGAUUGCUCUGUCUCUUCUAUUUUCUCCACUAAAAACCAGAAGAACACGACCGAUAAUUACUUCUUUGAUAGCGCUGAAAAAAUCUCCUUCUUCUUUGAAGAAAAAGCUUUCGGCGAUGAUGGGGAAUUGAAGCAACCAAAAGAGCUUUCGAUAAACAAAGUUGGCCAUGCACUACAUGAGCUUGACCCGUUGUACAAGGAGUUCACAUACUCGUCCAAGGUUUCAAGUUUGGUAUCAUCCUUAGGUUACAGAAGACCAGUCGUCAUGCAAGCUAUGUACAUUUUCAAGCAACCUGGAAUUGGAGGAGAAGUUGUGCCACACCAGGAUAAUUCUUUUGUGUACACGGAUCCACCGAGCUGUACUGGUCUCUGGAUGGCUUUAGAAGAUUCCACCCUUGUUAACGGUUGUCUUUGGGCAAUACCUGGAUCUCACAAGAACGGUCUGGUUAGAAGGUUUAUCAGGGGUGAAAAUGGUGUAACGUUUGAUAGGCCAUCACCGUCUUACGACCAGAAAGAUUUUGUGCCUAUUGAGAUGAAAGCAGGCUCGUUGAUUGCCAUUCAUGGUGAUCUUAUCCAUCAAAGUUUCGAGAAUCUAUCUGCCAAGUCAAGACAUGCCUAUAGCUUACAUGUAGUGGAAUCUGAUGGAUGCAAAUGGGCAGAUGACAACUGGAUUCGAAGAGAAAACAUGCCCGAGCCUCUCUAUGCUCCUUAA